AAAUCCUCAAACGAAUUUCUUCGGCAACAACGUUGGACCAUAUUUCUCAGCUCGAGCAAGAGUCUCUUUUCAACUGCUUUGAUGCUGAAGAAGUUGAAGGAAUAAUAAUAAGAAGAGGAAGAGUUUUAUUGCAAGAGGCGGCCGUUGAUUUCAAGCUACAGAAGUGAUGGAAGUUGUCACUCUGAACUGUUGUUGGAAGUCAAGACCAUACAAUUUAUCUGCAUCCGUCUUUCAACCUCUAGGUAUGGAAUUUGUUGGCCCUCGUAAUUCAGCAGAGAUGUCGCCUGCUCGAUUUUUCAGUGGAUUUAGAGUUGGUUUAAGAGUUUUUGCUAGUCGGAAUUCAGUCAAGAAGUCCAGGAAAAAGGAAAAAUCACAGAAGUAUGAUACUUCACCAUCAAAUAAGGCUGUCUUGGAAGAAAAUGAUGCAGUAUCAAAUACACCACCUCUCGCAGAUAAUUACAUUCAAGAAAAUAGCAACACAUCCUCCUUUAACCACUCAGAGGGGCAAAGUACACUUCUAAUUCCGUCCAGAGGUGCAGUUCUUCGGGCAUGCACGAUCACUUCCUGUUUAAUUGGAACUUUAGGUGUUGUUAUCAGGCAGGUUUCUCAUUUUGCAUCCACAAAGGGAUGGCCUGUCAUUGAUGCAUCGUCAGAAAUUUCAUUAAACUUCGAGACAUGGCAUCUUGAGUUGAUAGUGGGACUAGUUAUCCUAAUAUCAUCUUGCAGGUACCUACUUUUGAAUAUCUGGCUGGAUUUUGCUGAGUCUAGUGAAGCGGCUAAUAAGCAGGUCCUUAGCUCGCUAGAACCUUCAGACUACAUUGUUGUAGCAUUUCUACCAGGAAUUAGUGAGAGCAGGAACUUCUGUUUCGUGGUGCAUUACUGCCCCUUUUUGGCAUGGACUGGAAGAGUGUCUUUGCGGUUGCUGCUUUAUUUGGGAUACUGCAUUUGGGAAGUGGUCGGAAGUAUUCUUUUGCUGUCUGGGCAAUGUUUGUCGGGCUUGCUUACGGUUAUGCCACAGUUGUGUCCUCAAGUAUCAUCGUGCCAAUGGCUUCUCAUGCAAUGAACAAUUUAGUUGGUGGCAUCAUGGGGCGAUACACAUCAAAGUCAUCAAAAUAGAUUUGGCACAAGGUGCCGGGAUGCGCCAGUUUGUCAGUUUGUACUUAUUAUCUGGUUUAAAUUUGCUUUGGUACAUUUAGAAGUUAGAGUAAUGAAUAUGAUAUGGAUGAUUAUCCAAUUAAA